UGCAGGGAGGAGCAGACGUGCUGGAAAGGCUGAGCCAUGCCCUGUGCUUUCCUCAUUCAUCACAGAGGAGAGAAAGGCCUCUCGAUGUGAAAAAUAAAUAAGGCUCAGAGUAUUUUCUGAAAAAGUUCUGCAGGGCAGAGGAGUUGAACACUUGAUCAUAUGCAGGAGCACAGGAUAGAUGGAGUACAGCUGACUCAACAGCUACAGGGGAUUUGGGUUUUGCAAUGGAACAGGUAUGGUUACUGCUCCUGCUGACGAUUAAAGUGCUUUCAGUGACUGCUCAGUUCAAUGGAUACAACUGUGAUGCUAACCUCCAUAGCAGGUUUCCUGCUGAACGAGAUAUCAAUGUUUUCUGUGGAGUACAGACAAUUACUAUGAAGAUAAAUUUUUGCACAGUUCUUUUCUCUGGGUAUUCUGAGACAGAUCUGGCACUGAAUGGGAAACAUGGGGAUGCCCACUGCAGGGGGUUCAUCAAUAACAACACCUUUCCAGCAGUGGUCAUUUUCAUCAUCAAUCUGAGUACUUUGGAAUCCUGUGGAAACGCUUUAGUGGUAUCCUCAGCUCGAGGUAUCAAUGCUUAUGGAAAUACCUCAGUGGUACAGAUAGGUAAUGUUUCAGGCUAUAUUGAUACGCCAGACCCACCAACAAUUAUCAGCUAUUUGCCUGGCCUUCUGUACAAAUUUAGCUGUAGCUAUCCACUGGAGUACUUGGUUAACAAUACCCAGCUUGCUUCAUCAUCAGCAGCUAUUUCUGUGAGAGAGAACAAUGGUACAUUUAUCAGCACUUUGAAUUUGUUGCUUUACAAUGAUUCAACCUACAGUCAGCAGCUCCUUAUUCCAAGUACAGGUUUACCUUUGAAAACCAAAAUAUAUGCGGCUGUAAGAGCAACGAACCUUGAUGGCAGGUGGAAUGUUUUGAUGGACUACUGUUACACCACACCAUCUGGUAAUCCUAGCGAUGAUCUUCGAUAUGAUCUUUUUUUCAGCUGUGACAAGGACCCGCAGACAACUAUAAUUGAAAAUGGCAAGAGCCAAAUGGGCCGGUUUUCCUUUGAGGUGUUUCGCUUUGUGAAGCAUAAGAACCAGAAGAUGUCUACAGUCUUCCUUCACUGCGUGACAAAGCUGUGCAGAGCAGAUGACUGUCCCUUUCUUGUGCCAAUCUGCAGUAACAGAGAAAGAAGAGACGCUGGUGGGAGGACAACUUGGAGCCCUCAGAGCACCUCUGGCAAUGCUGUAAUCUCUGCUGGCCCCAUCAUUACAAGGAGUGAUGAGAUGCCAACCAACAAUUCACAACUUGCUCAUUCAAAUGGACCUCCUUUCCAACUGAACUUAGUCACCAGUGCACUGAUUUCAAGUGUUGUCAUCCUAGGAAUCACAAGCGUUUUCUUUUUCGUAUGUUCCCUAACUCUUCUGCACAGGAAGUGGCCCAACAGUUCAGUUUUGAGUGGCAUCCGAAACCCAGUUUUCAACUGAAAGUGAUGAUAUACUUGCACUUUUUCUUUGGGAUUGCCUUUCUUGUCCAUGAAAUAUUAUUCCAUUAAAAGUAAUAUUAAGGCAACAGUCCAGCUGUAUCCAGCUUCUAUUCCAGCUGUUCUAUAUUUUUAGGUUUGCUAGAUGAUGUUGUGUAGGUAAGCAGCAGUGACAGUAGUAACAAUUGUAGACAAUUAUGAGAAUCUCAAUUGUGUUUGUGAUCAGACCAUAUGACAUUAUGCCCAUGGGUGUGCUGACAAUAGAGCUUGUGUCUCCAGCUUCCCAGUAAGGUUUCAAAGCUGAAGAUGCUGAAGGUGAGAACCUUUCCAAGUAUGCCAUUAUUACACACGACACAUUCAGAAGCAUUCAUAAAUUUGUAAACACCUACUAAGAUAUGGAUAAUUUCUAUUUUGUCGUGGUAUUUUUCACAAAUUUGAAAAAAAAAUUAUAUCUCAGGAGGAACUUCUUUUUGUCUAUCCAGGAUAAAAAUAACCUCAAAUCGUUUAGGGCAAACUGUAUUUCAUCCCAGGGAACAAUGCUGCCGUUGUUGAAAUGGCAGAAAAACCCUUUUUCCAGCAAAAUCACUGAGUGAGAAUCCAAGAGCUUUAAAUCUAACUUUAACUAAACUUUUAAUCUAACUUUAAAUCUAAGGAGAAAGUUAAUUCUGCACAGAAUUGCCACACCUGCAGCCUUCAGCCAAAUUCUAACUCUGGGGACUGCUACAGAGGGAAAAGUAUUUCGUUCCCCUGGCUCCUUGAAAAGGCAAGCUAAUACAAAUAUGUAAUGCCCAAACUUUCCUCAUACGAAACUGGUUUUGGAGCAUAAUUUGUCAGUUGAGUAAAAUCCUUGUAUUCUAAUUUUUAAGGCCCACUUUUGCCCAAUGAGUUUUGCAGUUCUCAGAUAAGGCUCUCCUUUCUACGUGAAGAGUUGUAAAUCAGUGCUUAUGUCUUCAGCAGAUUUUCCACAUGGAUUGGACUUCUCCACUGUAUGGAUGAGGGGAAGAGGGCAACUAGAAGGAUAACAGGCCACAAGCAGUACUGUACCAUUGACUAGUUCAUGUGAGAAACAUCAGACUUACCUGAAGCGAGUGUGAGUGACCAGGUACCCUUAAACAGCAGCACAGGGCAGUGGCGUAGCUGUGUAGAAUAGACAAAAAAUGCUAGUACUGGAGAGGCCACCGUAGACACAACAUAUGUUAAGCUGCACUGGAUAGGCAGUUGAUAUUUUUGUCACACAUACAGCAGUUAAAUUUCAUUUUUCAUGUACUGUGCAUAUUGGUCUAGAAACACCUCACUGAUAUUAUCAUCAUCUGUGUUAACUAUGUCUGUCUUCGCUGGUGUGACACAACUGGCUAAUGAUCAGAUCUCUUUGGCUCUCAAGACUAAAGACAAAUACAGGCUUGUUCUCAGUUUUCUCUGAUCCUGCAAAUGCUGUAUAAAGGCCUGUUGUUCACAAAGCCCACUGUGCUGUAGCGCGAUAUCCCUAACAACCAACACUGUGCCUGUUUUCCUCCAUUCUUAAUACCUCAGAAACAUUUUUGCACUUCAGGGGUUAGGUCUGAUGACAUGUAAAACAUGAUUGUUUAAUAAAAUUAUUUGAAACAUUUCA